UUCCACUCUUUGCCAAUAGAUAUACCGGGAGGAAUGUUGGUUAACAUUCCUCCGAAAGGUAGAUAAUUGUUUUUUAAGUGGGAUUCACGUGAAACAAUCAUGAAUAUCCUUGCGAAAGGUUUGACGAGCUUGGCCAGAAGUUGCAUCGUUAAUGGUGUUGAAGGAAGCCUAUCGUGUUUGUCAAGGCUACGUAUUAACAAUGCAACUCAGGAGCGUUUAACAAAUGUUACAAGGACAUACCUAAAUAGUGCGUGGCAGGGUGCUGGCCAAAUUGUCGCGAAUAAGGAACAUCAACCUAAGUGGAUGCUCAGAAGCAGACAGGAGCAAACUGGCAUGGUGACCCAUUUAAGUAAAAUCGGAUUGCAACAGAUACGCUGUGGUUCCAGCCUUUUGCAAUUGCACAGAAAAAAGGGUUACAAGAAGAAGCGACCCAAAAGAAGACCAUUGGAUGGUAAACCCUUUGCGAAAGGUGUUGUCUUGAAGACGGUCAUCAAGAAACCAAAAAAGCCAAAUUCAGCUAACAGAAAGUGUGUCUUAGUACGAUUGUCCACAGGAAAGGAGAUGGUGGCUUAUAUUCCAGGUGUCGGACACAAUCUUCAAGAGCACAAUAUAGUUCUUUGCAGAGUAGGAAGAUGCCAAGACGUACCUGGUGUAAAGAUAAAGUGCGUUCGUGGUGUGUACGAUCUGGCACACGUGGUAAAGCCCAACAAGUGAAGUCAUUAGUUUAAAAUUGAACAGAAUUAAAAUGACUCAUUGCUACUGCUCGUAGUCAAUAAAUGAUUGUACUUGACACCGAAUUUCAAACCUAACGGCACUUAAGAGCCAUUCUCACGCGCAAUACAUCCUUUACGGUCACGGUAAUUCUUA